AGAUAGAGCUGGAGGGGAGGAGAUUCCCGGUUUGGUAAAGGCUCGGUCUCCCCAAAAUGACCCACUGGUUCCAUCGUAACCCACUGAAGGCCACAGCGCCGGUCUCCUUCAACUUCUAUGGAGUCGCCUCCACCCCGGCAGCAUCAAAGAUAUGCAGCGAUCUCCGAACAUCAAGAGCGCGACUCCUGGAACUCUUCACAGACUCCACCUGUGACUCUGAGAUGAUGAAGAAUGCCUCGGACGCCUACUUCUCCCUGCUACUGGGCUUCAUCAACUCACUAGAUGGGGGAACACAAGACAAUAAGCUGCGGUACAUCCAGAACUUCAAGUGGACGGACACCCUGCAGGGCAAUGUGCCAAGCUCUCAGCAAGAUGCAGUCUUCGAAUUGAUCUCCAUGGGGUUUAACCUGGGUCUUUGGUACAGCAAAUACGCUUCACGGCUGGCCGGGAAGGAAGAUAUUUCAGAAACUGAGGCCAAAGAAGUUCACAAGAGUCUGAAGAUUGCAGCCGGUAUUUUCAGCCAUUUAAAGGAGAGUCACAUCCCGAAACUCAUUUCGCCGGUGGAGAAAGGACGGGAUUUAGAAAGCCGAGUGAUUGACGCCUAUAUCAUCCAGUGCCAGGCGGAGGCGCAGGAAGUGACCAUCGCCCGAGCUAUUGAACUCAAGCACAACCCGGGUCUGAUCGCAGCCUUGGCCUAUGAAACCGCAAAUUUCUACCAGAGAGUAGAUCACACACUUUCUAGUCUGGAUCCGGUGUACAUAACAAAGUGGAGAAGUUAUACUCAACUGAAAAUGUGCUUUUAUAUGGCUUAUGCCUUCUGCUAUCACGGUCAGACUCUCCUGGCCAGCGACAAGUGUGGAGAAGCAAUACGGUCCCUACAGGAAUCUGAGAAAUUUUAUGGCAAGGCCGAAGCUUUGUGUAAGGAAUACGGUCAAAGCAAAGGUCCGGGAACCACCGCAAAGCCCUCGGGUCACCUCUUCUUCAGGAGGCUGGGAACUCAGAUGAAGAAUACGCUGGAAAAAUGUCAGAGGGAGAAUGGAUUCAUCUAUUUCCAGAAGGUUCCACCAGAGGCGCCAGAAUUGGAGCUAAAGGCAAAUUAUGGUCUAGUGCAGCCCGUGGCUUUCGAGUUCCCAGCUAUGAGCCCCCAGUGGACCCCGGAGACCCAAGCAGGGUUUGACCUGACGAAGAGGCCAAAGGACGACAGUGCCAAACCGAAGAAAGAAGAGGAGGUGAAACCUAUGAAGGAACCGGACAUAAAGCCCCAGAAGGACACCGGCUGUCAGAUCUCUUAAUAGCAGAUUCUCCAUUGUUCUAUCAUUGAACCCUAAACCCUUCUUCCCUGGAAAGACACCCCCCCCCCCCCACCAUCUUUUCUCAUAGAGGUGUAGAGAAUGCAUCAUCGGCUCCAGAGAACAUAAAGGAAACUCUAAGAACACUUCCCUUCAUCAUGGAUACAAGAAAAGGACAUGGUCUCCAUGGUUGUUCCUCCUCUUCUACUUAUUCAGAACUGACACAUCUCCAGCCAAUAACCCUUCGCUAACCUCAUACUGUGUGUAACUACAAUCAGUAGUAGAUGAGGGGGAGACUAUGUGCAUUACUAAAUGUAAAGAGGACCUGCCGCCUCUCAUGACCUAUAUGUUUUAGAAAAUCUAUAUUUUUUUGGACUGCUCCUUUGUUACUCCUCCUGGAAAUUUAGGAAUAUAUUGACAACAGGGUGCUACUAUUCUGCUUUUCAAUUGGGGUGUCUCCGACCAGUGCUGAGGGGGAAUGGUAACUCCCAGUUGUUAAUUUAUUUAUACAUUUUCCAGGAGGAAUGCGAGAAGACAGGAAAGAUGAUCUUCCGCCAAAAUUAAAAAAUAUAUAAAUUAAAUAAAAAUCCACAGAUAUAUAUAUAUAUAUAUAUAUAUAUAUAUAUAUAUAUAUAUAUAUUAGUUGACUAUUCUGCCAUAUUUUAUCCAGUCAAUUCUUUGUAAUAUAUGCUUAUGAGAAAGCUGGGUGAUCCAAUAUAUAUACAUCAGCGUGUUCCAACCAGGGUGCCUCCAGCUGUUGCAAAACUACAACUUCCAGCAUGUCCGGACAGCCGUUGGCUGUCCGGGCAUGCUGGAAGUUGUAGUUUUGCAACAGCUGGGGGCUCCCCAGUUGGAAAACACCAAUUUGGCCCCAAGGUAAAGUCCAAGAUACACAUUUAAAGGCAAAAUUUAUAGUGUAUAUUCACACUACAGAAUUUCCACGCUGAGGUGGAAAUUAUUAUUAUUUUUUUUCAAAUCAACCGAUGCUGGAAAGUCAGGCUGGGUUCACACUACGUUUUGUCCCAUACGGGAGCGCAUACG